UCACACAAAACAAAAGUUAAGAGAGAUGGGUAUAAAGAAAUGCAUUGUUUUGAUGACUGUGGUGGCAAUAGUAAUGGCGGCCAUGGUAGCAGAAGUUGAAGGACUUUCAUGUAUGGACAAGUGCAUGUUUGAGUGCGGACUAAUCCUUAUGCCUCAAAAAGCAUGUGAAGAGAAAUGUCUCCGCAAAUGCCACAUACCACCUGGAAGAAGACUAUUGGAAUAAGAAACAUAAAUAAGUGGAUAUAUUAAUAAAAUAGUUGAUAUAUUUGUAAACUUGUUAAAAUUUAUGUUUAAAUAAAAAUGAAAAAUCUAUAGAUAAUGAUUAUUUGUAUUGCAUCAGUGAUUUAAUUAAUAAUGAAAUGUUUUAUUUCUUCAAA